AUGACUUUGUACGUACCGAUGCGGGAUGGCUUAGAAGCAGGCAUGGUGGGGCUCUUCGCAGAUUGGCGCGACAUCUGUGUUCCCACACAUCUCGAGGAUGCCACGAUACUUGGUGUUCUGCUGGAUGUGGCCGACAUCCUGCGGCUGCGGCGGUGGUCGGUGUUCGAUGCUGUCCGCAAAGGUGAGAGGACGGUUGUGAACUUCGAUCUUCGCGACUCGCGCCGCCACGACGGAGGCUUCCGACAGGUCCCAGAGGCCUUCUGGAGGUCGGGAAGACAGGUAUCCGCGUGGAGCCAAUGGGAAUGGUUGUAUCAACCGCUGCAGUUUGAUAUUGUUGCCUCUCGGCGGAGGGAUUGCCCCUUCACUGUACAAGUUCUGUGGCUGCGGAUCAGAUAUGCAAAUGUAAAUGGGUGGAACUCUGUUUUUCUGCACAUCCCACUGGGAGUUGGUAUUUCUGCUCCGAGGCGUAAGUGCCAGGUCAUCAGGCUUUGA